GUCACCACUGUCUCAGUACAUGAGGAAUGAGCUCUCCGGGUCUAAAGCUGUCAUUUUGACGCUUAUUGCGGUUUAAAAAAGAACUUAAAAUGAUUCGAUGAGUUGUGCAUUUUUGACGUCAAAGUUACCAAAACGUCUAGUUUGGUGGUCGUCGCCCGUAAUCGCCCAAAUGAGCAUGGAGUGUCCGGAGGGUUCAGAGCAAGAGUCGGGGGUGAACAUGAACCCACCCAAGCGACUUUGCACCGCACACAAUGGAGCAGAAACGGUAUCGUCGGAGCAGAAAGAACGGUGGAGUGCAGUGGACGUGAGUAUCAUCAUGCCAGUGUACAACGCUUCCUGUUGGUUGGACGAGUGUCUGCAGGCCAUAUUAGACCAAGACUUCAGCGGGUCCAUGGAACUUUCUGUUUUUGAUGAUGCCAGCACUGAUGACUCCAGGAAAGUGGUGGAGGUUUGGAGGGAGAAGUUGGAGCGGAGGAGCAUUUCAGUGGUGAUCAGUGGCCACAAUUCAGACCAACCAAGAGGAGUGGGAUAUGCAAAGAAUAAGGCAGUAGCACAGAGCUGUGGAAAAUACUUGUGCUUUCAGGACGCAGAUGACGUCAUGCUGCCCCAAAGGAUUCGGCUGCAGUAUGAGGCGUCUGUUCUCCACUCAAACUCUCUGAUCGGUUGUAGAGUCCAGAGGCUUCCUGAGGGAUCCACGGAACGUUAUACCCGCUGGAUCAACACGAUCACUCAGGAUCAGCUCCUAACACAAGUGUACACCUCCCAUGGACCAACAGUCAUCAUGCCAACAUGGUUCUGCUCAAGACGUUGGUUCUCAAAUGUUGGAUGGUUUAGUGAGGAAAGCAGGGGAGUCCCCGAAGAUUUGAUCUUCUUUUACCAGACUCUUCGUCAAGGAGGGGGUGUGGCAAGAGUCGACCAGUGCCUGGUGGUGUACCGUUACCACGAAAAGGCCACCACACACUCCGUGAAAGAGGAAACCAUUUGGAACCUGCGAGUUGGAUUCCUCCAGGAGAGGGUCAUUAGCCAAUGGGAGAGCUUCACCAUAUGGAAUGCUGGGAAACAAGGCCGCAAAUUGUACCGUUGCCUCGACGCCACCAAUCAGAAGAAAGUCAAAGCUUUCUGCGAUGUGGACAAGAACAAGAUCAGUAAAGGAUUUUACACAUAUGAGCACUCUAAGGAACAACCGAAGCCAAAGAUUCCAAUUCUGCACUACAAGGAUGCAUCCCCUCCUUUUGUCAUCUGUGUCAAACUGGACAUGACAGACGGCAUUCUGGAGGAAAACCUCAAGUCACUGCAGUUGAAAGAAGGAACAGAUUUCUUCCAUUUCAACUGACGGUUAGGAGGAUACUUCAGAGACAGAGACUGGUGCAUAACUUGCUCUUUUCAUUUUACAAUUCAAAACACAAAAUUACGCCGCUUUAGUUACUCUGGAGCUGUUUUGCUUUUCACCAGUGCCUCGACUCGGUUUAGUCUUAGGUGUUGAUGUCAAAAGGUUGCGUUAAAUUGUCUGCCAGACUCUGUGACAGGUGACAGACGGGUGGCCGGUUUUCCUUGUCGGACGUGCAAGUCACAGAGGGAUAUUUUAUGCUAGGCACAGCUGAAGGCUUCAGUCUUGUCUAGUAUCUCAGCUCUCGGGCAACACUGCAAACUGACUCAAAGCAAUCAUCCUUGAAAUAUGCCAGGCAUGACAACAACCACCUCACUGGCCCUUUUUUUUGUCUUGUUCGUCCUUCCGCCAUUACUUCACCCUCCCACGACACAAAGUCUUGGCAUUCUCUCCAAAAACUUCCAAAAAUUUGCUUAAAACUCUUGUGAUGUACACAGAAAACACUAUUCCUCACUUCAUCCGUGUUUAAGAAUUUAAGAUGACCUUUUAAACAGACUUUUUACUAGGUUUAUUUGAAUAAGUAAUUUUUCCGGAGUAGCUGUUUCCUGCAAACGUGGAGUGAUGACACUUUUGGCGGGUUUUGUGCACAUGCAUGUAAGUUGGUUUACUUUUUGGCAGAAGCAUGCCAGCUGUUGCCAGUGUUUGCCUCCAGCUUGGCUAACAUGCACAUUCAAUUCAAGAGGCUUAUUGUCAUGUGCAACAGUAGAAACACAGUGGUAACACUGAGCAAUGAAAUUCUUAAGCUGCGAUUUCCCGACACUAAAUAAGAAAUAUGAACAAAUUUAAAAUAUAUAUUGGGGCUGUCAAAAAGUGAACGCAUUAAUAACGAGUUAACAGAAAUUCCCUUUAACACCACUAUUUUUUAAGCGCGAUUAACAUGUCCUGUCGUCAGUCAAGGAAUCACUUAAAUAGCACCUGCCUGACAAAGUGAAGUAGACCAAAAGAUCCUCAAAAGCUAGACAUCAUGCCGAGAUCUAAAGAAAUUCAGCAACAAAUGAGAAAGAAAGUAAUUCAGGUCUGUCAGUCUGGAAAAGGUUAUAAAGGCAUUUCUAAAGUUUUGGGACUCCAGCAAACCACGGCGUGAGCCAUUAUGGAUAGAUUAUAUACUUUAUUAAUCUCGAAGAGAAAUUAUCUACAAAUGGCAAAAAAAAAUGGAACUGUGGUGAACCUUCCCAGGAGUGGCCAUCCAAUCAAAAUUACCCCAAGAGUGCAACGACUACUCAUCCUAGAGGUCACAAAAGACGCCACAACAACAUCCAAAGAACUGCAGGCCUCACUUGCCUCAGUUAAGGUCAGUGUUCAUGACUCCACCACAAGAAAGACACUGGGCAAAAACGGCCUGCGCGGCAGAGUUCCAAGACAAAAACCACUGCUGAACAAAAACAACAUUAAGGCUCCUCUCAAUUUUUCCAGAAAACAUCUUGAUGAUCGCAAAGACCUUUGGGAUAAAACUCUGUGAUCUGACAAGACAAAAGUUUUACUUUUUGGAAGGGGUGUGUUCUAUUACAUCUGGCAUAAAAGUAAUGCCACAUUUAAGAAAAAAUCAUCGAAAAAUCAUACCAACAGUAAAAUAUAGUGGUGGUAGUGUGAUGGUCUGGGGCUGCUUUGUUGCUUCAGGACCUGGAAGACCUUCUGUGAUAAUUGGAACCAUGAAAUCUGCUGUCUACCAAAAGAUCCUGAAGGAGAAUGUCCGGCCAUCCGUUUGUGACCUCAAGGUGAAACCAACUUGGGUUCUGGAGCACGACAAUGAUCCAAAACACACCAGCAAGUCCACUUCUUAGUGGCUGAAGAAAAACAAAAUGAAGACUUUGAAGUGGCCUAGUCAAAGUCCUGACCUGAAUCCUAUUGAGAUGCUGUGGCAUGACCUUAAAAAGGCGGUUCAUGCUGGAAAACCCGUGGCUGAAUUACACCAAUUCUGCAAAGAUGAGUGGCCCACGGUGCUGUAAGAGACUCAUUGAAAAUGAUGACAAACGCUUGAUUGCAGUUGUUGCUUCAAAGGGUGGCCCAACUAGUUAUUAGUUUUAGGGGCCAAUCACGUUUCCACACAGGGCCAUGUAGGUUUGGAUUUCUUUUCUCCCUUAAUAAUAAAAAGUUUCAUUUAAAAUCUGCAUUUUGUGUUCAGUUGUUUUGUCAUUGACUAAUACUUAAAUGUGUUUGACAAUCUGAAACAUGUAAGUGUGACAAACAUGCAAAAAAUAAGAAAUCAGAAAGAGGGCAAACACUUUUUCACACCACUGUGUGUCCUUUUUUAACUCUGAUGGCCUGUGGGUAGAAGCUGUUGUUUAGUCUUGUUGUUUUGGCUGCAACGCUCCUGUAGCGUCUGCCAGAUGGAAGAAGUGUGAAGAGUUUAUGUUGUGGGUGUGUGCCGUCUUUUAUGAUGUUCCAUGCCCUCUUUGUAGCAUGGCUGUCAUAAAUGUGCUGCAGCAGUGUGAAGGCUACUCCGCAGAUGUGCUGUGCUGUUUUCAUGACACGAUGGAGAGCCUUCCUGUCCUGUAUGGUACAGUUCCCACACCAUACUGUGAUGGAAUUGGUCAGGAUGCUCUCCACUGUGCAUCUGUAGAAGUUGUUGAGAAGCUGAACUGUUCUUGCGCCCGAUAUGCUGGUGCCACCUCUUGACUUUCUGGGGUCUGUCUGCAUGCAUAGACGCAUGGCCCAUAUUUUGUAUGUGCGGUGUUGAUCUUCAUGGCUCCGACAUGGAAAUAUUCGCCAAACCCCCACCCUCCAAAGUCGUUCCUUAUCUUAAUGUUGGACAAACAUUGUUUCAAGGAGACACUAUAAUUACAGAUGUGAAUUAUUGAAGGGAGCAAAGUUCAGCGUUGACCUUCACACUUAAACUUGUAUAGACGUUUAUUAAAGAUGUGAGGGAGUGAGUACUGUAUAUCAUCACAACAUUGAGGUUAUAAUGGGUGUGGCAUUUACACAAGAUUUGCUACACAACACUGUCUGAUGCAACCACACACACACAUCUGCUCCAAACAUGGACACUCUGUGUGCUUGUUCGGUGUUCUCCUAGCGGCCUAUGAAACAAUGUUCUCUCCGAGAGAGUACAGCUCUGAUACAUAAACACUCGCAAAAAGUUUAUUUUGCCUCACGGAGCGUGACACUUUGCAGCCUGCAGCCAAACAGACCUUUAACCACAAAUCUCUCUGAGUGUUGCUGCCUUUCUGUAAAUCUUCACUCUGCAGCUUGCAGGAAGGCGACAACGACAAUACAGAAUUGUGUUCGGUGAAUAGCUGUGAUACUGCUAAUAGUUUAUUACAUGAAAAAAAGCAUGGAUGUGUGAUCCACAAGUGGCAUCAAGCCUCCGCACCUAUGAUCGCUUUUAUUGUUUUCAACAAGUUGAUUCUUUGUUUGGUCUCUGAAACCAAAACUGACCAAAGACUACAAGUACAAACAUUUGUUAAGAAUAAAUAAAAUCAAUUCUUACGAUAUUUACAAUUUAUUGUACUUUGAUUAUCCGUCACUGAGCCAGUCCACAUUCCUGGUCCGGUAUGAUGCAUUUCAACAUCUGCAGGACGGAUAUCUUAUCUGUUACGAUAUCUUAUCGAGGGAAAGUCCUGGAAAGAAAAGCGAUGACAGAGUGUUGUCACGGCGACGGUACCAGCUCAGCUUGAGUCACCUUUGUUUUGGAACAAUAGACGUAGUUUGCAGGAAAGUGCAAAAAAACAAGUGGCAUUGAUCAGUCAGAACGACAUACAGUAGGAACAAUGGAGGAGAUAAAGCAUCUCCUGAAUUUACUAAGACAGAUGGCACUGAGGGCAGCAAGAAAAUAGACUGUGGAGUUUAAUACUGCAGGCACAGCAACAGAGAAACUGGCUUUCGAAUGACCUGAGAAAAUACCAUGCGGUGGAAAAGGGGGAACAUUGACACACAAACUUGCUAAACCUGAGAUUUCUUUGACUUAACUGCUGAAUUAGCUCAAAGCACCAUUGCAACUUGCUGUUAUAUAUGAACAACCCCCACCCCAUUACUGAAUAUUUGAGUGAAACUACACUGUUGACGCGCCUCCUACUGCAAUCUCCCAAGGUCAAAGUGUACAAAGUGAAGACUAAGGUGCCUUGGAUAAAUGCCUCUGCCAAAGUGACACAACAAGUAAAAACUAAAGCCAGCUGUUUGCUGAAGACCUUACUCUGUCUAAAUACACACUCACCAUGAUAAAGCACUUGGUCGAUGAUCACAAUGAACCCUAAUGGAGAAUUUAUGAAAAGGACUCAAGUAGAAAGUAAACAGAGCUUUACUGUGUGUUUACACUCCAUCUCUGUGUAGAUAUCAGUCGUGAUAACACACACACGAUAAAUGACACUGGCCCCAGAGGCCGCUUGCCAAAUAAACCUGCACCAAGCAGGACAGCAGAUAAGAGUUGGGUGUGUUUGGGUGAGGAGAGUGUGCAGAGGUCAGACACCGAAGGCCUUUUAACACAUUCCUUUGUGUCUUCAUCCCCCCCCCCGUUGCUAUGCUAACCUGCAAGACCAAAGUACACAACUGCAUGGUCUGAUAAGAGGACAUCUGGCUCUAUAAAGACCCUUCAUGUUGGAUAUCGGACAGAAAGUAGUUCCAGAAAAAGAAUCAUUUGGAUCUAUUGGUUGAAAUUCUGUUUAAAGACACUCCCCACAGAGCAUGCAACCUUUUAUGUUGCAUUUUCGGCCCUGUCCGCACAAACACGGAUUUUUUUGAAAACAUAUUUUUCUAUGCGUUUUGUCCUCUCAUCCACAUGCAGACGUAGGUCUUUGUCUUUAAAAACUGAGCUUUUGGAAAACUCCAGCCAGCGUAUGUGUGUGGAAGACGAAGACGGAGCUUUUGGCUUGUUGCUGACAGGUGACGUAACAAUUAUGUGUCGUUAUUUCCACAUUAGAUAAGGAUAAUUUAAUGUGUGCAAUGGCAAACAUAACAUUGCUGCUUUUAAGCAUACUGAAAUGAAUUUUAGUGUGUAUUUUUGUAAUAUACUCAAGGAAUGUGACCAGUCGACGGUGUACCCCGACUCUCUCCCAAAGUCAGCUGGCAUAGGCUCCAGUUCGCCGGUGACCAAGUGAUGAAACGCCAUUUACGCCAUUAAAUUAAAGAGGCUGCCAAGCACCCGGCGUUUUGAAUUACUGUUGCCAAAAAGCAAAACAAAUGCACACAGUUAAUCCUCUGAUGCUUGCCGAGUUGAAGUCUCGUAAAACUGGGGACGUCACGCACAACGGCUUUCCAAAUUCCCAAAUGACUGCAACUUUAGAGGGCACAUUUUCUCUGAAAAUAUAGGUUACAUUCAAAAACUUCACAAGCAUUUGACCUGAGGUUCCUCUGUCGUUCUGAAUGUUCCUCUGUACGUUCCUUCUUUAGAAUUUGUGUCUUUGGUUAUAGAUAGUAUUUUGUAAUAAAACAAUAUUCUAUCCAUACAGAGAAGGCAUAUGUUAAAUGUAUUGAAAUUAUAAGGCAUGUUUGAGCAAGCUAAACUAUAACUAAGGUAUCAUUUGAGCAUCUCAUUGCCCAGCCAAGUGUUUUUUCCGGUAAUCAAAAUAUGGUUUCCGCAAAUUUCCAUAAUGGGGACAAGCAGUAUUGAAAAUGAAUGAAUGUGAAUUGCAAUGCCAUUUUUGGAGCAUGUUCAUAUUAAUCUUGCUGUAUUUCAACCAUAAAUAUUUUUGGUAAGAUUUACACUAAAUGCACCUUAUAAUCUAAUCUUAAUGCAUCUGCAAGCACUGAGCACAACUUUGAACAGUAGCGCCAACACUGGUGCUCACACACAGCUGUUGUCUUAAGAUAACAUUAUGGUACUACAUACUGGUACUUUAUCAUUGAAUUAUCUAAAACCUGUUACAUUUUGUAUAAUUUAAGAGUAAAACUUGAUAUAUCUGAACCACCAACUGAUGGCGAUACAAGGCAGGCCCACCCAAACGUUGGAAGUUGGAUUGUGUGGAGGUUAAUAGUGCUGCUAAAGUACUGUCAAGGUGUCCUUGAGCUGGACACUGCAGACCAGCACAACUCAGAUGUCCUCCUGGGUAAAUAAGGUGUUUGCCAGGGAAAGAGUGUGCAUUGAGGAAGUUAGGACCAUGAAGGUUGAAAUCAGAGAUUGAGGAAUGCGUGCGUGCGUGUGUGUGUGUGUGUGUGUGUGUGUGUGUGUAUAACACCAUCAGGAAGUAGUGUGCGGACAGACAAAGAACAGUACAAGGAGAGCGGGGUGGUUACGAUUGAGCCCAACAUAUUCUGCUUAGCAACAAGUGGCCGCGCAAACUUGUGUCAUGAGAAGGGAAAAUAAUCCAAGCAGUUUUGUUGAUUUAUAUCACAGCAUAUGUUAGAUAUCAUUUCGGUUGUGAUGUUUUACUGUAUAACGGGCAGGGCAGUGGAAAUUGGUAAGCACAUCUGCUUCUCCACCAGGAAGUUCUGGGUUUGAAUCCAGAAGCUCGGACCUCUCUGUGUGGAGUGUGCAUGUCCUCCGGGUUUAGUCCGAGUGCUCAGUUGUUCUCCCAGAUCCACAAAAUAUGCAUGUUAUGUUCAUUGGAGGCACUAAAUUGCCCAUAGGUGUGAAUGUGAGUUUGAGUGGUUGUUAUAUGUGCCCUGUGACUGACUGGUGACGAGUGCAGGGUGUACCGCGUCUCUUACCCAAAUAAUGAAUUCUUUUGUGAUGAAUCACAAAUUGUUUUGUUGUCUGUGUGAUUUAUAACACUGCUGUUGGAUAAUGAACAACCAUGAUUGGUGCUCCAACAGAAGGGUGCCAAAGGGUGACAAAAAUAUAUCAUUUUGGGAUUCUGUGCAACUUUUGAUGAUUCUAAAAUGUGUAGAUUACCAAAGUGAAAAGCAGCAUUCUGGACGACGUCUUAUUAAGUUCUCAAUGUUCUAUGAGUCCUCUGCUAUUAAAGAAAGUUGCUUUCUGAGAGGGCUGCCUCCUUGAUUGAAUCAAUGAUAGAUUUUACCAACACAUGGUUAGCGUGUGUGUGUGUGCAGGGGUCUUAAAGGUCAUCCAAAUUCAAAAACAUGGAUAAAGUGAGGAAAUAGCACACAUUUUUGCAUAAAAUACAUACAAAUUUCAUAGAUGUAAAUCAAUACAUUUUCAAGAUAGUAAACUUUAAAGACAGCCCCUAUACUCUGUAGACCCUUGAGUUGUGACAUCAUACCAGAAAGGCACCCUGCAAGGACACCUCAUACCCAGAAGAACAAUCUGGUGUAUGCUGUCCGAUGCACCAAUGUUUACAUUGGGGAA